GCUGUGCGCUGCCCCCGGCCCAGGCGAGCCCGGGAGGGAGGAGCGGCCCGGCUCCACACGUGUGCCUGCUCUUACCCAGCCCCGCUAUAAGGCAGGCAGCGAGCGGCCGGGCGGGCUCGGCGGGAGCGGCGCAGGAAGGCAGCGGGCCAGGCGGGGCGGCCGCAGCUGCUUCCCGCGCUGACAGCUGCGGGCACGGCGCGAGCGGCCGCACCUCCGCGGCCCGCCCGGGGCAGGCAGGCAAGCCCAGCCCUCGCCUGACGGCACAUGGCAGCGGAGCGCUCGGCUGCGCCGCAGGUUAGCUAGGGCCGGGCUCUGGCCAGCGCAUCCAGGCUCUCUAGGUCCGCCGAGUUACCGCAGGGACUAAAAUGCAGCUGGCCGCCUGCUUCUUUCUGGGCUGCGGCAUAUUCUUAGCUUCAGGAUACAACUCCUUCAGUAAGAGCAUGGAGACGAUAGGCAAGAAGCAGUACCAGGUUCAGCACGGGUCGUGCAGCUACACCUUCCUCCUGCCUGAGGCGGACAACUGCCGCUCCUCCACUCCCUACGUGUCCAACGCGGUGCAAAGGGAUGCACCUCUGGACUAUGAUGAUUCAGUUCAAAGACUGCAGCUACUUGAGAACAUCAUGGAAAACAACACUCAGUGGCUAAUGAAGCUUGAGAAUUACAUCCAAGACAGUAUGAAGAAAGAAAUGGUAGAGAUCCAGCAAACUGCAGUGCAGAACCAGACUGCAGUAAUGAUUGAAAUAGGCACAAACUUGCUAAAUCAAACAGCUGAACAGACCCGCAAAUUAACAGAUGUUGAAGCACAAGUAUUAAACCAGACAACCCGACUCGAACUUCAGCUUUUGGAACACUCUCUUUCAACAAACAAACUAGAAAGACAGAUUUCAGAUCAGACCAAUGAGAUAACUAAAUUACAAGAAAAAAACAGCUUUUUAGAAAAAAGAGUUCUUGAGAUGGAAGACAAGCACAUGCUUCAGCUGAAGUCAAUAAAAGACGAAAAAGAUCAGCUUCAAGUCCUAGUAACCAGACAGAAUUCUAUUAUAGAAGAACUAGAAAAACAGUUGGUUACAGCUACAGUAAACAACUCAGUUCUGCAAAAACAGCAACAUGAUCUGAUGGAGAGAGUUCAAAGCUUGCUUAUUAUGAUAUCAACACCAAACUCUAAGAGCAAAUUCAUAGCCAAAGAGGAGCAAAUCAGUUUCAAAGACUGUGCUGAAGCUUUCAAAUCUGGACUGACAACAAGUGGAAUCUACACUUUAACAGUUUCAAACACUGCACAAGAGAAGAAGGCCUACUGUGACAUGGAAACUGGUGGAGGAGGUUGGACAGUUAUUCAGAAACGAGAAGAUGGCAGUGUGGACUUCCACCGGACGUGGAAGGAGUACAAGAUGGGAUUUGGUGAUCCUGCUGGGGAGUACUGGCUGGGAAAUGAGUUUGUUUCUCAACUGACUAAUCAGAAGCGUUAUGUUCUUAAAAUACAACUGAAAGACUGGGAAGGAAAUGAGGCAUAUUCAUUAUAUGACCACUUCUCUCUAGCAAGUGAAGAACAAAAAUACAGGAUUUACCUUAAAGGACUUACUGGGACAGCGGGCAAAAUAAGUAGUAUAAGCCAACCAGGAAAUGAUUUUAGCACAAAGGAUGCAGACAAUGACAAAUGUAUUUGCAAAUGUUCACAAAUGCUAACAGGAGGAUGGUGGUUUGACGCAUGUGGUCCUUCUAACCUCAAUGGAAUGUAUUAUCCAUUACGACAGAACAACAACAAGUUUAACGGGAUCAAGUGGUACUACUGGAAGGGCUCGGGAUAUUCUCUCAAAGCUACAACUAUGAUGAUUCGACCAGCAGAUUACUAAAUGCUUUGUCAUUAUGUGAAUUAUGUAUUGUAUAGUCUUCAAAGACUUAUUUUACCAAGCAACUUGUCUCAUUUUUUCAAGCCCAGAAACAUGCACUAGUGUUCUGAAGGGGUCAGUUCAGUACAGUUCCUGAAUUGCAAUCGCCUUGAUCAGCUAAAGCUCAUAUUAUUCAACCAGACGCAAUGUCUAAAGCAUCGACCUGAUAUAACAGUGAUUUGGCCAAAUGACUCAAUAAAAAGAACAUCCAAGAAAACGUCAGACAACUUAAGGACUCUGUUUUACUGAUCAUUUAUGUUAUGUACGUGUUAGUAAAUAACUGGAACUGUGAAAAAACUCUAAAAUAGUUUUAGGAAUAUGCAUUUCGCCUCACCACUGAAGUUUAAACAUUAAUAUAAAACACUUAGCUAGUUCUAGCUUAGUUCUAGCUAGACCUGGAACUAUUUAUAUUUCUGUGUCAUGUGUGCCCUAUGUGUACAUAAAAAAAUACUUUUCUGUAAUUAAUUCAUUCCUAUAGUUAGGGAAUAUAUUAUUUUCCCCCAUAGUCUCCUAAACAACUUUUUACACUUAUUUGAGGAUUUUUUUCCGGUAGCCUGUAUGAAUAUGUUUAACAGAGGACAAAUAGCCUUUAAAUAGUUUGCAUUUAUUCUUGGGAAAUACCAUUUACAAAAGUCAUAAUUUUUCAGUCUGUUUCAGUCACCAUCUUUAAAUUAUAAAAAAUCCCUAUGAAUUACAAUAUAGCAUGUAUUCCUAUACAUUUUUAUGUACAAUUGCACUUUUUUUCUUCCCUUGUCAUUUACCUGUAAAAUAAGUGACCAGUAUUUUGUAAACUGAGACAACGGCAUUAACACCAGAUGCCCAGUUGUCUGUGACAAUCAUGUAUCACCUGGUGAUGUAAUAUAACUAUAUGUUUUGUAAAAAUAACCUAACUGAAAACAUAUGCAUGUUCUUUGAUACAAUUAAAUUUAUGUUUAUGACUUAAGAUACAAAUUAUUACAUUUUAAGAACAGGAAGAAAAAUAAUCGGAAAUUAUCUAAGGUCACACUAUGUUUUUUUUUUCAGUAAGGUUAGGACUUCUCCCUAAAAAUUCUCUAUAGGUAGGCCCUCAAUGUACCACAAUGUGAAUAAAUUACUCUCCUGGGUGAUCUUUC